GUUCUAAAUCGACAGAAGCAGGAAUUGUUCAUCGUAGUGGAUGGAAUAGACAGAGCCGAGCGUCAGAAUGUCGAAUUUAUUCAGCAAGUUCGUGCGGUCAUUGGAGAUCUUCCCGCUAGAAACGCGAAGGUUACAGCUUUAAUAACAAGCCAGCCCGAUAACAAGAUUAAAGAAGUGCUGAGUGGGUUGCCAAAUAUCGAAUAUGACGAAGAAAGAAAGGAAUACCUUGCUAGUCUUCGUUUUGAUAACACUCGCUACAGCAAGAUAUCUGAAGAGCACAAGGGAUCCUUAGAAUGGCUCUGGACACAUAACCAGUACCAAGAGUGGUCAUCAUCUAAUAACUCUCGCCUUCUCUGCAUUGAAGGCAAACCUGGCAGCGGGAAAAGUACUCUUGCAAAGUAUUUUAAAGAUAAUUUCUUGGAGUGGAACCCGGAUGCAGAAUCAGCAAUCUUAGCCGACUUUUUCUUCAGCUACCGAGAGGGUAAGCUCCAAACAAGCCAUCACAACAUGCUCCGAUCGGUUCUCUACGCUAUCUUAGAUCAGAACGAGACAUUCUUCUAUCACUUUCAGUCAAAGUACCGGAUCCACAAAAAAUCCUCAGCCGCAGGACACGUUGAAUGGUCCUAUAGUCUGCUAAAAGAUAUUCUUCUAUCAUUGAGGGAUCACGAAAAAGAAGAACGGAUUUACUUAAUUGUCGAUGCAGUGGAUGAGUCAGAUGAUGAGGAUAGGCGUGAUAUCCUUCAGCUACUGUUAGAACUCUGCUCUACGUCGAAAUGCUGCAUCAUCAAGAUAUUUAUCGCCAGCCGACCUGUUUCCGAGGUCCAACAUUACAUCAACAAAUUCCAUAAUAUAAUCAGAAUGCAGGACGAGACCAAAGCCGAUAUCAAGAAGUUUACAGACUCUUUUCUAGGCCCUGAACUGGGCCUCACCGGCGACCUUCUCCGGGAAGCGACAGAGUAUAUUGUUGACCAUGCUCAAGGAGUGUUCUUAUGGGUAUCCCUUGUCAGGGAGGAGAUGCGGUCUCUCCCUGAGAAAGGAUACAGAGACAGGGAGAUCAUCGAGCAAUUAAAAGCCUUGCCAACCGAAAUGGAACAUUUCUACGAACGUAUUGUUAACAAGAUGGAACAAGGAUCGUUAAGGGAUGUUAGAGAUGGAACAAGAAUGUUCCAAUAUGUCUUGUUUGCACUCCGUCCCCUUACAGUUAAAGAACUUCAGCAUGCACUUGCUAUUGACGGCGACCCUAAUAGGGCAUCCAUACCUUCCGACCAAUCAUUUGAGGGGGAAUUAAUUCAAGGUAUGGAAAAGCGCAUUGCUCAUUGUGGAGGAGGCCUUCUUGAGAUCAAAGGAGAUGGAAAUGUUCAAGUAAUACAUCAAACGGUUCGGGAGUUCUUUCUUCGACGGGGUGGGCAUGUCGCAAAGUCGAGAUUUAAAGUAAGGGAGAGAGAUGCUCACGCCAGCAUCACUAUAAUUUGUACGCGGUAUUUACUGCUUUGUGCUGCAAAUACUGCUCUCGAAAAUAAGCUCCUUGACGUGGAAGACUGGACUUCACAGCAUUUUGACGCUUACACGCAAUAUCUUAACGAAAGGCCAUUAAUGAACUAUACCCUAUCCUUCCUUAAGCACCAUAUAAGCGGCUGU